ACUGUUCUGACAGAUUUGGAUUUAGGCCACAAUAAGAUUCCAUCUCCAAAUAAUGUUGGGUCUCUACAUGGACUGUACAGCUCGGCUGAAAGUUACUUUCCACUUUCUCGCCAAACGGAAUUGAAAAAUAUUAUCCUGAAUGAUAACAAAUUUCAAUAUAUUCCUGGUUCCUUCAACACAGUAUUUUUGAAAUUAGAAUCUGUUGAUUUGUCUGGGAAUCUAAUUCAGGAAAUCGAUUUGCAUUCAUUACUAUUCUUAAGAGAAUCUGUGAAACUGAACUUGAAGAACAAUGACAUAAAGAUAAUCGAUCUCUCAUACCUAUGGUCAGUACAGUACAGUAAAAAAUUUGUUGAACUCUCACUUGAGGGAAAUUACCUUGAGUGCAACUGUAUGCUCUAUCAGUUUGCAAGAAUGGCUCAAGGAAAAACCCCAAAAGAAGGGGAUUUAUUCAAAAUUAGAGUAGAGGAUAUUGAUAAUGUAACAUGCAAGAUUCCUGAACGAGGAACUCAGAAAUUAUUGACCGUAGAUACAAGACUCCUAGUUUGCAAGCAGGAUCCAUGUUCAAACUGCACCUCUUAUUGGCGCCCACAUGACGAGAUGCUUAUCAUUGAUUGCUCUUAUAAGGAUCUCAAAGACUUACCAACGUGUGACAUUGAUAAUUAUGGUAUUAGGAAAGAUUAUUUCAUCACCUUAAACAUGAGGAACAACAGCAUUACACAUUUAGAUAAGCUGCAAGAUCCCAUGUAUUCAAGACUUGUCAACUUGACUAUACCGAACAAUAAACUCUCGUUCAUAAACGAAUCGUACUUCCCAGAAAGCUUGAAAGCCCUCGAUGUACGAGGGAAUAAUCUCACGGCUCUACCAGAAUCACUUUUGGAAUUCUUCAAUAUAACAGAUAUGAAUCUCAGCCUGGGAAAUAAUCCAUGGAUGUGUAGCUGUGAUACAAUUGACUUCUUGAACUUCCUACACGUGCCAUCAAGGAAGGUUAAUGACUUUAAUGACAUACGGUGUAAGGAUGAGGCUGAAUCUCUGAUGACCAUCAGUGAGAACUCCCUGUGCCCCUUCUUCAUGCAGCCUAUGGUUAUCAUCACUAUUGUGGCUAUCUUGAUAUUCCUCAUUCUCUUUGCUGUGCUUGGGACUGUCAGUUUUUACAAGUACAAGCAAGGAAUUAAAGUGUGGUUGUUCACACACCACAUGUGCCUGUGGGCCGUAACUGAAGAUGAAAUGGAUGCUGACAAGAAAUAUGAUGCCUUCAUCAGUUACUCUCACAAGGAUGAAGAAUUUGUUAAUAAAGUUUUGGUUCCUGGGCUUGAAUCUGGUGACCCCAAGUACCGAGUAUGUCUCCAUUAUCGUGACUGGAUCCCUGGCGAGUACAUCCAGAACCAGAUCCUGCAGAGUGUGGAAGCCAGUAGACGGACACUGGUGGUGCUCUCAUCAAACUUCAUUGAAAGCGUAUGGGGUCAGUUGGAGUUCAAGGCUGCUCACUCUCAGGCCUUGCAAGACAGAACUAACAGGCUAAUUGUCAUUGUUUAUGGAGAGAUUCCACCAGAAAGUGAACUUGAUGAUAAACUUCAACUUUAUAUCUCCAUGAAGACAUAUGUGAAGUGGGGCGAUGCCAAAUUUUGGGAGAAACUCAGAUACUUCAUGCCCCACCCACAAGAUCUUAUUAAAAAGAGACAUCGUAAGCGUAGGGACACAGAUAAACUUGAACUCUGUAAAUCCGACUCAAAAUUAAGCGUGUGAAUGUGGGAAAGAAAAUUACUUGAUUUUAGAGUUGCUUGUGCGGGAUGUUUGAUGACGCCAGCACAAGAAAAACAUUAACGGGUGUCUUUGGUGUUCGUUGGGAAUUUUGCAGCCUCUCCAAUAAACGUUGUUGGGGAGAUAUGAUGUCCAGCCCCAAUGGGGUUAUUAUUAUUAUUAUUACACUCAAAACUAAAGCUCUAAAUGCACAAGGGUUGCCCAGUGGGGUUAAUUACAAUUUUUUUUUAUUAACACAUCGGCCGUUUCUCACCAAGGCAAGGUGACCCAAAAAAGAAGAAACACUUUCAUCAUCAUUCACUCCAUCACUACAGUUAAAAUACUGCUUCAGAGUGCAGGCACUGUACCUCCCACCUCCAGGACUCAACUGGCAAAAUUACAAAUAUAAAGAUAAAUAUAGUACCCAGAAAUAAUGAUUUUCUGUGAUCAGAUUCAUUGUGUUGCUCGUGGAAAUUAUUUUUUGUGUGAGUUACAGGUGCAGUUGUAUUAAUGCAUUAUUUUGAAGUUAAGAUUAUUAUAGGGAAGCAGCAAACCCAUAAGGAUCAUACAAUAAGUAUAUAUACAUGAGUACAUAAUGUAUACAGAUAUACAUUUGUGUACAUGUAUAUUUACAGUACUUGCACAUACACAAAUGAUUAUAUACGCACAUUUGUGCAUAUGAGUACUCGCCUCAUGUACCUGUUGAGUGUGCACUUACACAAAGGCACAGCCACAUGCUAAAUACACAGAUGAGCCACUUUGAGUCUCAGAGGGUGGCGAGGAAGUUGAAUGACUGAAGUGUGGGAGGGAGGCUCUAUAUGUAGUUUUAAGAGCAGGAAUAAUAGGGCCCAUGAAGCUAGGAGGGAAUGACUGUGGCUAGUGGCAAUUGAGAAGUGCUGCCAGGAGCUAAAACUCAACUCCUUCAGCCACAUGAGUACACAUAUGCACAAGUAUAUAUAUAUAGGUACACGAAUGCAUAUGCACAAGUAUGCAUCUGUGUACACAUACAUAGGUACCUUCAUACAGACACACAUGUAUACAUUUUUAUAUUUUGCUGCAUUAGAAUUUUAUGAUUAUCUUCCAGUAUUCCUUUUGUGCACAUUGAUGUAAAAGGAGGCUGGGCUUGUGGAAUAUGGGAAUACCUUUGUCUGUGUAGCAACCAGAGUACUACAUCUAGUUAUUGUUGUUAUAUUCCUGGUAAAGCAUAAACCGUGUGGGUCAUACAUUGCCUGGGAAAUGGGAAAUAAUCAAAUUCAGUCCAAGAAAGGAGGAGGAUUUCUCCAAUUCCAAAGAAAUAGAGCUACUUUCUUCCUUGGAUCAAGCCAAAUUACCUCCCACUCUUCUGCACAAUGUAACCCCUACAGGUUUAGUGCUUCAUCAUACCUGGGGAGGGUUUCGGGGGUCAUUGCCACCAUGGCCCAGUCUUCUGUGACCAGGCCUUGUGGUGGAUCAGGGCCUGAUCAAGCUGUUACUGCUGGCUGCAUGUAUAAUCAUAAAACCCCACUAAAGUGUCUGUCUAAUACAUAGUCAUUAUUGUAGAUGUAGAAUAUAUUAAAAAAAUAUUGAAAGGCAUUUCUAGCUAUACAGGUUUUAAGACUCCUUACAUUUAUGUAUGAACAAGUUUGAUUUGAGUAUUUUUUUGGCAGAUGCCACCAUCUAGUGAGAGAAUUUAUGACUAAGAGAGCAACAGCAAGUCAUAAGCUGCUGUUGUAUUCUCGUCCAGUGACAUCGUCAAUGGGUGGGGCGUUUUGUGUCCUACCAAUAAAAUGUCAGUUUUUUUGAGUGAUAUUAUUAGUUGGUGGAGCCUUGUAAGAGUUUCUACCAGUGAAAUGCAGGCUCUUGAGUGAUGUCAUUAGUAGGCAGGGUUUUGUAAUAGUUUUUAACAAUGACAUAUGUGUUCUUAAAUGACAUCAUUAAUGGGUAGGUCUUGUAAGUAUCCAACCAGUUUCAAGGACCCCAUGGGAAAUAAGUCAGUUAUGGGUUAUCCUAGGUAAUCUACACAUAUGCUGCUAAUUAACUGUAUUUAUGUGUAGGUGUACCUGAAUAAACUAACUUCAAAGCUCCGCCCACAGACGACAUCACUCGGGUUGGUCAGCACUGUAACUCUCUUAUGACUUGCUGUUACUCCUCUGUUGACUAUGUGUGAUCAUUAAGAAUAAUAAUUAGAGAAGACAUGACAGAUUCAUCUAUCAACCAAUGAGAAAUCUCAUUGCCAACUUACAAUAAUUUAAAUAUACAGUGGAACCUCAAAUAUCGAACUUUCUUUGGUCCAGAAGUCUGUUCGACUGCCUUUACUGAAUGAAUUUAUUCCCAUCAGGAAUAAUGUAAAUUAGAUUAGUCCAUUUCAGACCCUUAAAAAUACACUUAUAAAAGCACUUACAAAAAUACAUUUACAUAAUUGGUUGUGUUGGGAGCAGUUCGAUUUUUGAGGUUCCACUGUAUUAAAGUAUAUAAUGCAGCUAUGUUACAACAUUUCCCGACUGUUAAAGUUAUUUUCAGAUUUGUUGCUUAUUUAUUCACACAAGAGCUAAACCCAUGUGGGUGAUCAAGUUUAAUAUGUUCAGUUCCUGUAAUAUGAUAAACUUGGAAAUAAAUUCAUUAGUUUUCUUUAAAUUUUUAUUGUUGCUAGUCUUAAAUUUGAGUUCUGUGAAAAAUAAUUUUAUUUCUGAGCUAGCAUUCUCUUUUGCAUGGCAUAAAUAGAGGGGCAAAGAUUCACAUGAACUUCACAAGUGAACCUAUUUAUUAUUUCUUUGUAUAGUAAAAAUAUUAAUAAAAA